AUGACUGCAGCUUCAGAUUACGGUCAGCUGUGCAACGACAGCAGCUUCAGAUUACCGGCAGCUGUGCAACGACUGCACCAUGAGAUUAUCGGCAGCUGUGCAACGACUGCAACAUCAGAUUAUCGACAAUUGGGUCAUAGUUGUGACCAUCCAAUAUUGCUUGGGCCGCUUGGGUUCCUCAGCACAGAGGACGAUGUGUCAGCGAGAAACUAUGGCAUCUGGGACCAGCAUCUUGCUCUGCAAUGGAUUAAAAAACCCAUUGCAUCUUUUGGCGGGGACAUCAAGAGUAUUACCCUUAUGGGAGAAUCAGCAGGACCAGAGGACAGUCAUGCAGAGCGGGUCUGUAUCGUCUUCAUGAGCAUAUACAGGAACUCUCUGAAAUACGCGAGACAACUGGAUCAUAAAGUGAACUUUUCCUCCCAGGGCGAUUCCGCAUCCAUGAUCGCCUGUCUGAGGACCGUGUCUGCCAAGAAGUUGACUGCAGCAUCAUGGCCAAUUGGCAAUGAACCCGUCACAGCAUUAGUUGAGUUCUUUUUUGUACCAACUAUUGAUGGAGUGUUUGUCAAAGACGAUCCGAGAACUCCCAAACUUACCUGA